UGUCAGCGAUUUCCACCACAGACUGGCAACACAAACAACACUACCUGUUAGAGCCGCGGUUAGUUACUGAUGCUGAUACUAAUGCUUAUGCUUAACGAGAGGAUAGAAAGGCUAGGCAUUGAUAUUUUAUACCGGAACAUGUAAGUUAGGGCGGUAUGUGCGCAAUUCAGAGCAGAUUUCUACAGCACCGCAGAAAGAAACAAGAAGUUUGAGUGAGUCAUUUUCUCAUUCACACUAUUCUCUAUUCAUCACGGGUGCGAUUGUUAAACUGCAAUCUCAGGACACACGUAUGGGAUCUGUCGGAUUGUCACUGUACGUGUGAGGAAACCAACGAACUUGAAGAAAGCCAGUUCCUGUGGAGAAAGAAAUCACCUGGUGAAAUAGGAAAAGAAAAGAAAGAGCAAAAAAAACACAGCUGCUCAGAAUUUUUGUUUUCUACUAAUCACCAAAUAUGGCACAGACGGAGUGUGAUGAAGUUACCGAGGUGGUGUGUUUGGAGUCAGAGCUGCAGGAUGGACAAAUGAAGGAGGUUGAGGUGGACCAUCAGAAAAUGCUGUUGGUUCAUAAUGAAGGCCAGUUCAGCGCCGUGGGCGCUCUGUGUACUCACUAUGGAGCUCCGCUUAUUAAAGGUGUUUUGAUGGGAAACAAAGUGAGGUGUCCUUGGCAUGGGGCUUGUUUUAACACUAAAACAGGAGAUAUUGAAGAGUUUCCAGGCCUGGAUUCUUUGCCCACAUACAAGGUGAAAGUUGAGAAUGGUAAAGUUCAUGUUACAAGAAAUAAAAAGACUCUGACUAAACGUGUUAAAGAAAUGAGCUGUAGAGUGCCUGGAGUCUGCCACACCAUACUUUUAAUUGGAGGAGGCCCUGCCUCUUUGCAAUGUGCAGAAACCCUUCGACAGAAUGACUAUCAGGGGCGAAUUAUAAUGGUCACCAAAGAUGAGCAGCUGCCUCUUGACAAGACGAAACUUAGUAAAGCCAUGAAUAUAGAGAGUGAAAAAAUUCUUCUUCGAUCAAGUGACUUCCUAAAACAGCAUGGCAUUGAAGUAUGGACAGAAAAGGAAGUGGUGUCCAUAGAUACAGAAGAACAUACUGUCAGUUUUCACGAUGGUACCACUCAACACUAUAAUCAGCUCUUGAUCGCUACAGGAGCAAGAGCUCGGAGAAUGCAGUGUCCUGGUUCUGAAAUGGAGAAUGUGAAACUCCUGCAGUGCUACAAAGAUGCAGCUGAGAUUUAUCAGAUGAGUGUAGGCAACCGGGUUGUGAUCAUUGGAACAUCGUUCAUAGGAAUGGAAGCAGCAGCUUUUCUGUCUGACAAAGCAGCUAGUGUAGCUGUUGUGGGCAAAUCCGAUGUGCCGUACCAGUUUUCACUGGGACCAGAUAUUGGCAAAAUGACUAUGCAGAUGCUGGAGGAGAAAUAUGUGAGAUUCUACAUGAAUAAUGGUGUGGCUGAGAUACAAGGGGAAAACAGAAAGGUCAAGCAAGUUAUACUGCAAAACGGUGAGGUGUUGCCAGCAGACGUUGUAAUUGUGGGAAUUGGCGUCAUUCCAAACUCUGAUUUCCUGAAGGGGAGCAUGGUGGAAGUUGAUUCACGAAAUGCCAUCAUUGUUGAUAAGUUUAUGAGAACCAACAAUCCAGAUGUCUUUGCUGCUGGGGAUGUGGCAUCCUUUCCUCUUUCAAUCCAAGCAGAUAAAAGGGUCAAUAUUGGACACUGGCAAUUGGCACAAGCACAUGGCCGGGUUGCAGCUUUAAACAUGCUGAAGAAGCAGACUAAACUCCACUCGGUCCCAUACUUCUGGACUGUGUUGCUAGGGAAAAGUAUCCGAUAUACAGGUUAUGGGGAAGGCUAUACAGACAUUGUUUUCAAAGGAAGCGUUGACAAGAGGAAGUUUCUUGCAUUUUAUAUAAAGGGUGAUGAAGUUAUUGCAGCAGCCAGCUUGAACUUUGACCCUGCUGUCUCAAGGGUGGCAGAAAUAAUGGCAACUGGGGAAAAUAUUACAAAGCUAGAAGCUGAAUCAGAGGACCUUGGAUGGUUGCAGCUCACUUAGAUGGACCAUAUGCAUCACUACUGGCUACAGAAGAUCCCUUUAUUAGUUUAUAAAACUACUUUUUUUUGCCCUGGCAGUGAGCUUGUGGAACAAUAUAUA